AUGUCGACGACUCUUGCAAAGAGCGGGCCCGCUGCCGCCGUGCCCGCCAUUCCCCUCGUCGACUCUCCCAUCGCCAUGCCUGCAUCAGUUGCCCAUCACUUGUUGCUUGCUGGCCUGUUCUACUGGCGUUUCGAUGCCCUGGUGGCCGAUCCCGUCUCGACCCUCCAGACUAGUCUCCCUGUGGUAGCUGCUAUCCAGGCAGUAUAUCUAAUGCUGAGUCUUCCCCCGACGGGAUCUUCGGCGUACUCCAAGAAGCCUCGUCCUGGUGAGAAGAAGAGGUCGGAUGGACGGGAAGCAAAGGCAAUCCCUACUGCUGUUAUCUCCCUCCUCCUCGCUCUCAUCCUCACGCCUGUCCUCCAUAUCCUCCUCGUCCUCUUCGGCGCGCCAUUCCUCACCCACGUUCCUCACACGUUCUUGUGCUGCGCACACAUUGCUCUCCUCGCUAUAUAUCCUAUCUUCUACGUUCGCGGCUCCGACCCCGUACCCCUCCAGGCUGUGCUUGGUAUCUCGGCUCCCUUUGACCGAACCUUUGGCGGUUUCCUAGGAACAGUGAUUGGAGCGUGGCUUGGGGCUGUUCCUAUUCCUCUCGACUGGGACCGCGAGUGGCAGAAGUGGCCCGUUACGAUUGUCGUCGGUGCUUACGUUGGUUAUAUCGUUGGCUCUCAGCUUCUGGGCACUGUCUUCUUUGGCAAGCGCUGGGCGGUGACUCCUGAGUUGAAGGAGGAAUAA